AUGGUGGAUGGUUUUGUGUGGAAUGUUGGUGAUGAUGCUGGUUGGUCUCCACAGACUCAUCUUAAUUAUACUCGGUGGGCUAGACCAUCCUUUCUAGUUGGUGACAGUCUCCGUUUCGUCUAUGAUCCCAACGUUACUGAUGUUCUAGAAGUGAGUUAUUGUGAUUUCAAAUCAUGUAAUCCAACAUCUCCACUCGCCACCUACAACACCGGGAACGAUACAAUUCCGCUAACAAAGGAAGCCCACCAGUAUUUCAUCUCUAGUAAUCCUGUUGACUGCAACAACGGCAUGAAGCUUGAUAUUCCGGUGUCAAAUUCAUCUUAUGUUAGGUUUUGGCGGUCCGGCCCUACCUAUGGCGCCAAUGGUUAUGUCAACGUACCCAAAUUUGAAGAUGCACCUACUGAAGCCGCAAACACGGCUGAAGACAUGUCAUGUGAUUCCACUUCUUCAACUGAAAACGGUGUUGAGGUUGAAGCUAAUUCAAAUUCAUCAACAGUGGCAGCAACUUCGAUUCCAACUAUGCCAUCUAAUCCCACUUUUUCAGCUGGAAACAAUGUUGAGAUUAAAGUUGAUUUAAAUUCAUCGGCAGGAGGGGCAGCAACUUCGACUCCAGCGACGCCAACUACUUCUAUGGAGGCAGGAGGGAAAUCCAAGACUCAAACAGAUGAAGAUUAUCUAUUAUUAACACAGGCUGGAGUUUUAUUUUAUUUUUAUAAAAAGAGACAAGUUUAG